AUGUCAAGUGAGUUUGGUGAACCCGGCAAGAUGAGCGGCGCGCUGAGUGCGUUCAGCAGGGGUGAGGCCUGCGGAGCCCGAUGGACGCUAGGCGCACUUCUUCUGGCUCCGCUUGCUGCAGCCAACUCUAGCUACUGUGCGGUGCCCGCUGUAAUACUACUCGCUAUUUUUAUUACUAUAGCAACAUUCACAUGCAAAGACUUAAGAAAGUUGGCCGAAAUUCUACCACCACCAAAGACAUCACGCGGCCGCAGAGAAAGGAAUUUACGCUCGUUUGCUGAUUUCAUGGCGAUGUGGAUGACUUUUCUAUCGCAUUUGGUGGCUGUCGCAAUCUGUGCCCGAAUUCUGAGCGCAACAGCAGAUCAUGUGACCGGUGGCCGGACCAGGAGAUGGUUAUUUGGUUAUGAAACUCGAUCACUGGGCGAGCCGUGGCCUGACGUACUGGGAGUGACGGUUGUGAUGGUCGUUUGCGCCAUGUUUAUGUGUGGACUUGAGGAGAGCAUGAUGUUCACAUUCAUGCUGCUUAUUCUGCUAUAUAUAUUUAGCCAGUUUUUUGCAAUUUUCGGCCUUAUAAACUUUGAUAUUGCAUAUAUCAAUAUGCCAAUACCGAUUACUGUUUAUGAGCUCUUUGUGGCAGGUGCGCCUAUCUCCUAUGCAUUUAACGUCGUGAUUCCCAAAAGCAAUGGAAGUACACUGAAGAAAAAUGUAUUUCUUAUGAUUGGACUACCUACAAUUAUACUAUCGGGCUUGUGUUUUCUUUACUCGAACAUGUUGAGAGGGAACAGCAUUGACGCAGCUUUGCCCGUCACCACAUUACUGGAAGCGAGGGCCGCUGGUUGGGUUUGUCCGGUAAUAGCUGCGGUAACCGUUGCAGGUGUAUGUCUAGCUCUUACAGAACUCUGCCCCCUACUCUUUACGGUUUUAGUAGCACUUGCUUCACCCGAAUGGAAAGUACUCACGAGAUCUAUGACUUAUGAGAGUGCUACUACAGGAAGUCCGGUCCUUGCUGUCUUUACCGCUGGUAGCCUGGCAGCUAUCCUUGCGUUUGCUUGUCCCUUGUCGCAUAUGAUCACUCUUAUGAACGCGAGCCACUUGCUUGGCCUAUCUAUUCAGGCGUUCCAUUUUAUCAUAAUGCGGUGUGUGCCCACACUUGAACAGAAAGAGGCCGGCGAUAUUGAGUACAAGCGUUUAGGAAGGGAUGGCGGACGUAAACAAUCCUGUUCAAGUAAGAAACGGAGCCUUUGGUUCAUACCAUCUGCCAUACGUCACACUAAAACCUUAGAAAGCAUCAAAUCCAAAGUGACAAAAGAAACUGAAGAACGUGAGUGUCUGCUUCUCGAUGAAUAUGCAGGGUGUCCAACGGAGGAAGUAGAUCCUAUGACCAGCAGUAGUAGCGGUAUUAGAGAGGCUGUAACAGUAGAAGUAGGCGAUCCUACGUCUGACGCAGAAGCCAGUGAGCCAGAGCUAUCUUCUGGCGACGACUCGACUGAUAUUGACGCAGUCGUAAAAGAAUACAGGGAUAGGAUUCAAGUAGUAACAUCCGUUCCAGAGUCAACUGCACCAUCUCCUCCGUGCGUUCGCGGAGCGCGAUUGUCGGCAGCUGGAGCGGUUCUCCUAGUUCUUGCUGAUGCUCUAAUUGCCGUUGCAUUCUGCAAUGAAACUAUUAGACUGCCCAUGUUUGCUACUGGAGUACCGCUAUGGCUCUUCGCUACACUCUUAUGUGCAUGGCAACCAUCACACAAUCUGGGUAUGAGGCACGCUCAAAGCCUACAGGGACCUUUGACUAUGUUAAUUGCACUACUGUUCCUAACACCGUUACUGCUUGAUUCUUGGCCAGCUAUUACUCUUUUUGCAACAGCUGGUGUUGUAAUAUACGCAAGAUGCGAGCGAUGGUGCGGUGACCUUGCUGUAAAGCAAGCGCGAAGUGCUUUGGAGAGACGCAAGCUGAGACCAGUGGCUGCAAAUGUACCCCUCACUAAUGGCCACCUAACACAUGUUGACACCGUGUACAUAGCCAGAUGA